AUGGACAACUGCUCCCUAACCAUGUCACUAUUCAAGCUUCCCAGUGAACUAUUGAUCAUUGUAUCUUCAUACUUGGAAUAUCUAUCAGACCUCAAUGCUCUGUCACAAUCCCACUCUCGUCUGUAUUCUCUACUGAAACCCCGAAUUUACGAACUGCUCACGGAGGACACGGGCCAAGCACUAGCGAGGGCCGCAGAAACUGGAAAUGGACAAUGUGUUCGCAGGUUGCUGGAUGCGGGUGCCCCCUUCCCUGAUUCACAGAGCUCCAUCGAGGAUCCCAUGACCCUAGCUGCAAAAAAUGGCCAUGUUGAUAUCGUCCGAAUAUUCCUGGAGUAUGGACGGGAUCCAACUCCGCCUAUCCACGACACCGGCCUCAAAGCCGAUCACGAUGAUUAUAUGAAGAGGAAUCCAUUUGCCGUCGCGGCCCGGGGGGGUCAUACCUCGGUUGUCAGUCUCCUGAUGGAUCAUGGAGCUGUGAAACAAUCUGUAAACGACGAUGGGGAUACACUCUAUGACCAAACACUGUCCUUGGCAGUUAUGGGAAUGCAUAUUCCAAUCAUCAAACUGCUGCUGGCAGAGGGUUGCAAUCCUAAUGCGAUGACCAGUUCUCGCAUGGUCCCUCUGGGGUAUAUUGCUACAGCCCCUUUUACAAGCGCAUCCAUGGAGAUCAUCAACAUUUUGGUCGAUGCCGGAGCAGAGCUUGUAGAUGAGGAGGCUCUGGGGACUGUGCCACCGUUUACAAUCGCGUUGUCGGUUGGAAAUGUGCCAUUUGCCAAUUUCGUCAUUGCAAGCCAAGACAAUUUCGAUAUCCAAAAGUUUUUGGAGCUGUACAAGGAUGUAUUCUUGGAGCAACCAGCAAUGGCAUCUUUACCCGUACGGAAGACGGAUAUGGAAAAGAUGCUCAAAUUGGAUGCGGACGCAGGAUUCAAGCUUUUAUGUGGCGCCGCAGCUGGUGGCCAAGAGGAGCUGAUGAAGUUGCUAUUAACGAAAAAGAAUGACUGGACCGAUGAGAAUGGCCUUGCAACACUGGUGGAUUUGGCUGUUGAACAUGGCCAUAUUGGGAUAUUGGACUUGCUUUUCGAAGAGGGCGUCUCUCUUUGUGCAAGAACCAAGCUCAAAGCCUCAAACGGAAGUUUCUCUAUGGAUGAAUGUUGCGAGUUGGGCGACUACCGUCCUCCUCCGAUUCUGCUCGCGCUUGAGAAAGGCCACGAUGAGAUUGUCAACUACCUCAUUGAUAAAGGAUGUGCCGAGGCGCUUUCAGAAAGUCGUGGGAAGGGGUUGCUCUUUAACUACGCACUCUUUUUGGGCAAACUGGAGAUCAUUCAAAAGAUAUUUGGGACUUUAACCCCAUCACUCCAAGACAUUGCGUUUGGAGACGAUGGGAUUUCAAUCGAACUUGCAGUUUUUGGAGGAGAAGCUGUUUUCAGGUUUCUUCUUGACCAUGGAGUUGCACUCAAUCCGGAUUUCGCACCGCACCAAAAGACACUCUCAAUUGCUGCCAUGCUAGCUAAUGCACCCAUCUUAGAGAUGUUCUUCGAUGCCGGGCUUAGUUUAAACAUGCAAAGUCCAGACGAACGACCAGUUGAUAUGCCGCCAGUGGUCUGCAAUAAAACUCGAGGGAGUACACUCCUUGCAAUUGCAGCUCAGGCAAAGGACCGAGACUCAGCGGAAGCCGCAGUUGAUCUUUUGCUAGAGCGCGGAGUGCCGAUCGAUCAAUCACUCGCAUCAUUAGGUCGAUGGACUCCUUUAUUCAGCACAAUUAGGGGAGACGUCCGAAGAAUGAUUUUUUUGGAGCAGGAUAGCAUCCGAUUCAGAAUCAAGAACGCCCUAGGAACUCGCAGCAUCAAGGGUCUCUUUCAGAACGAAAACGAUAAUAUGGAUUUUGAAUUGCUAGCAACGAAGCUGUUAUUGAAGAAAGGGGCCGAUCCUUUCAUUUGGAACGAAUAUCGACUGUGUGCCUUGACUGUUGCUGCGAGCAGGAACAAAAUUAAUGUGAUUAAACUGCUGAUGGAGACUUUCGACCAGAGAAAUAUUUCGAUAAGCCUGACUGGACCUCGGAUACUCGCAGCUAUAUCCUAUGGUGACGACUCGGUUGAUGAUACCGAUGAGGACUCUCCUUCGGAUGAGUGGACUCUUCUACCGUACAGACUGGAAGGACCUUUUGAUGCCAUUGAAAGGGCUCUUUGGCAGUAUUAUUGGCCCAGGGUCUAUCCUUGUCCUAAGUAA